AUGCUAUCACACCGCGUUCGCCUCACUGCCAGAUUGGCGCUCAAGCCUCCCAAGGUUACACCGACCAGGAACUCAAGCAACGCGGCAAUAUCGAGAUCGCCAUUGCAAGCCGAGCUGACAGCCCCCAACGGGCGGGUCUGGUCUCAGCCCUUAGGCCUCUUCGUGAACAACCAGUUUGUGGAGAGUAGCAGUGGCCGGACCAUCACCACCGUCAACCCGUACACUCAACAAGACAUAUGUUCCGUCUUUGCUGCGGAUGCCGCAGAUGUCGACAAGGCUGUCUUGUCCGCCCGCCAUGCCCUCCGGGACCCUUCGUGGAAAUUACUCUCAGGAACUGACCGGGGCCAUAUGAUGAACCGGCUGGCCGACCUCGUAGAUAGAGAGCUGGAAACUCUCGCCACUAUCGAGACGCUGGACAACGGAAAGCCAUUGACCGUCUCCCGCGAGAUAGAUGUCCCACACUUCUCAGAGGUGUUGCGCUAUUAUGCCGGCUAUGCUGAUAAGAACUUUGGAAAAGUCAUAGAUGUUGGUCCCAACAAGAUGGCCUACACCCUCAAGCAACCCAUUGGUGUGUGCGGUCAAAUUAUUCCGUGGAACUACCCCCUAGACAUGGCGGCGUGGAAACUGGGGCCGGCACUUUGCUGUGGUAACACCAUUGUGCUCAAACUGGCCGAACAGACGCCUCUUUCCAUGUUAUACGUAGCUCGCCUAGUACAAGAGGCGGGUUUCCCGCCCGGUGUUAUCAACAUCAUCAAUGGCACCGGCAGAGAGGCUGGUGCUGCAUUGACACAACAUGAUGGUGUGGACAAGAUUGCCUUUACCGGAAGCACCCCCACGGGCAAGGAAAUCAUGAAAAUGGCCGCGGGGACAAUGAAAGCAAUCACGCUCGAGACAGGCGGCAAGUCGCCGCUGAUUGUAUUUGACGACGCAAACCUGGAGCAGGCAGUCAAGUGGGCCCACGAAGGUAUCAUGGCAAAUCAAGGCCAGGUAUGCACAGCAACCUCGAGGUUACUUGUCCAAGAAGGAAUAUACGAAGCGUUUGUGGAGAGGUUCAAGGAGUACACAGAGAAGACAUCCAUUGUCGGUGAUCCAUUUGACGAGAAGACUUUCCAGGGCCCUCAGGUCACAGCCCAGCAGCGUGAGAGCGUUCUCUCCUUUAUCUCUUCGGCCUCUGCCUCCGGAGCCAGUGUUUAUCACCCGCCUACGCCACUUCCGAAGACCGGCUACUUCGUCCCUCCUACUAUCUUUACGGAUGUGACGCCGUCGAUGCCCAUCUUCCGGCAGGAGAUCUUUGGCCCGUGUGCCGCGGUGGUCAAGUUCCGUACAGAGGAUGAGGCGCUAGAUCUGGCCAACGCGUCGCGUUAUGGACUAGCAGGAGCGGUGUUCACGCGCAAUCUCGGUAGGGCACAUCGCAUGGCUCGGGAGUUGGAGGCUGGCAUGGUGUGGGUGAACAGCAGCAACGACUCGGACGUGAGGGUGCCGUUUGGGGGAGUCAAAGAGAGCGGGUUGGGGAGGGAACUGGGAGAGGAAGGCUUAAGGUCUUAUUAUUCCGUCAAGGCUAUUCAUGUUAACUUGACAGAAAACUAG